CCGGCGCCCAGCGGAGCUGAGCGGUCGGGUCCGGGCGGGCUCUUGGUGGGGAGGUGGGACCCCACCGGAGCCGAGAUGCUUGCUCAGGCGCAUGGCGAGCCCCAAAACUCUGACGCUUUUCGGAGGCUGUCCUAUGGUUGCGUCAGGAAGCUCCCUAAGCUGUCUGCAGGAAAAGCAAAGAAGAAGAAAGGCGUAUUCUGGGGCAUUGAGGUGACCAAAACACUCAGGUGGCAUGGGUGGGAGCUUGGAAAAGAGACCAUCAAACACCUGAUCUUGAAAAAUGUUAAUGAGAAAACCCAGAAGCUAAGCUACAGGUGUCCUUCCACGAGAUUCUUCUUCACUGUUUUUCCACAGCCGAUCAUUCUGAGACCUGGAAUGUCCUUAACUCUGCCCAUCGUUUUCCGGCCCAUUGAAAAGAGGGAGUAUGAAGACAACAUCUGCUUUAAGAAGGAUGAGGGUGAGUUCUCUGUCACCCUGCGUGCUACGCUCCCGCACCCCUGUCUAUCCUUCCCAGCUAUUGUCCAGUUGCCUGCCUGUGCUGUCCACAAUGUCACGGAGAUAACAUUCCCUGUGCGCAACGUUGGUGAUCUCGUCACUGUGUUUUACUGGGAGACACCAAGCCCUUUCUACAUGAUUCCUGACUACAGCGUACUGAACCCAGGUGCUGAGUGCAUGGUCAAAGUGGUCUUCCAGCCCAAGGUGGCUGCAGUGUAUGAUGUGGCAGCAACAUGCUGGUUUGGAAGUGAAGAGAAACAGAAGAGGACUGUCCAGCUAAAAGCCCUGUCCAAAUACCCCUACCUGCAGGUGAAUGUGGUAGGGGAAGAAAAAGAAGGUGUACAACCUGGAAAGUUUCAGGAUGUGCUGUGCUUUGGAUCAGUGCCAGUGGGGACAGCUGUGGAGAAGUGUGUAGAAAUCUUCAACAUGUCCGUGGUUGAUGCACCAUGUAGGAUAGAAAGAACAGAAGAUCCUCUGCUUCAAGAUCAUGCUUUCUCCUGUGAUGUGUCCCAUGGCAUUGUCCCUGCCAAAGGGAAGCUGGUGUUGUGCAUACGAUUUCAGCCUCAGAUAGUAGGAGAGCACAGUACUGACUAUUUCACUAUCAUAUCUGCUGGAUACCUCCUGCAGACUGUCCUGAAGGUGACUGGCUCGUGUAAAGGUCCUUCGGUGUCCCUGCGUCAAGAUUCGUUGGACUUUGACUGGAUCAAUCUUGGGCAAAGUUUGAUGCGGAUGCUGGAAAUCAGCAACACCUCAGAUGUCCCAGCCUAUUACCAAUUUGAUACUGGUGUCACAGGGAGCGUCUUCUCCUUGGAUCGUCCCUGUGGAGUCUUGGAGGGCACAACAACACUAGUGUUGAAGGUGACUUUUCGACCCACUCACCCCAUCAGCUAUCACCGCAGAGUGGUGUGCCUUGUCCACCAUCAGAAACCCUUGUAUGUGGACUUUUUUGGUACCUGCCAUUCAGACAUGGCUAAGCCAGCCAUCCUUCAGGCAAGACACCUUUCCUGGUACCGAACCAAUAUGAUGAGAGGACUGACCUUUUACCCCCCUGAUAUCAUGAGUACAAUGCUGAAGAAUGGGCAGUUGCAGAUGGAUGAAAAGGGAGCCCUCAUGCUGCUCCCCGAGAUCCCUCAGGACAAGCCUCCUAAGGAAUACUUUGAAGUUGACUCUAUGACUGAAUAUUUCUACGAUGGUGAAACCAGCGACAUGGCCUUGUUUCCCCCUCAUGUUAGUGUCAGUCCCAGGGAGUACGAUUUUGGUUGCUGCCUGCUGCUUCACAAGGUAAAACCACUUCCUCUCUGUGUGACCAAUCACACCAAAGGAAGUAUCACUGUUUUCUGGACUCUAAGCCAUGGCAGCGCCUUCCAAGUGAGCCCUGAAAUGUGUGACAUCCCACCUUUGAAGUCCUCAGCCUUCCGUGUCAUUUUCAAGCCCACUCAGCUCAACACUCUCUAUGCAGCAGAGCUGGAAGGUUUUGCCUUCUACAAGGUGCUGAGACACUACAACAACAUUGAGGAAGAUGCUACCAUCUGUCCAUCCUGGUGCCUGACUGUCAAGCUGAGAGCACACACGUUUGAAGAAGGACGGGAGCAUUUCAUCCCACAGUACAUCCUGGAUGUCCCAAAGACUUUUCCUCCUGUGGCUCCUAACACAGAUACCUACUGCAGCAUGCUACUCUUGAACACUGGUACCUCUCUGAUAACCUUCAGUGUGAACCAAGCUGCCUGUCCAUCUGUUUUGGUCAAGCCCUGCUCAGGGUACAUCAUUCCAGGAGGCCACCAGAUUUUCCUUCUCUCCACCCACCCAGUUAACACACUUUCACAGCAGCAUGUCCUGCCUUUGCAGCUGAACUCUCACCCUGGAUACACCAAGGAAAUUGCUCUCCAGAGUUGUGGGGAGUCCCUUAAUUUGCUCUUAGAAGGUGAAGGGAAUCUAUACUUCAAACCUGUCUAUGUAGGGACCUCUUUUACACGAAUGUAUACCAUAAAAAACUGCACAAGGCUACCCAUGGUUUUCACAUGGAAGAUCCGUCAGUCUGACAGCAAGAUCCUGUCUGUCAGUCCCAAUGCAGGGUUCCUCCAGCCCUAUGAAGCCAUGGCUCAGACAUGGACUUUCACUCCUGACAAGGAGAUCAAGUAUCUGCUGCGAGCUAAGGUGUUUGUGAGGAGAAAAAACACAGACCCCAUGUGUCCUGAAACUGUCUGUUAUGCCUUACGGAUUGUUGGAGAGGGAGCACUGGGCACCAUCAGGGCAGAAAAAGAGCACCUGGACCUUGGAAAUGUUCUGGUUGGUGACCUGCAAAGCUGCACCAUUGUAUUGCUAAAUGAUGGGAUCUGCUCUCUGAAGUACAUCCUCAGUGUGGAACAACUGAUCACUGAGCCUUCUGACUCUGAGGAGGUCCACAGUGAUCCUCUGGCUCUAGAACUGGAACACUCCAGAGGGACAAUCCCUGCAAGGUCAAGAGCUUUCGUCCGAGUAACAGUCAGGCCAGCCCGUCGGCUGCAUUACACCUGGUCAAUCAAAUAUGCUCUUUGCACGCUGACAGCUACGGAUUUUACAAGCACAAAAGAGAAGCAGCACCCUCUCUGCUGCAUUGUAGCAACAGGUGUCUACCCAACUUUCUGCAUCACAGAUGCCUGUUCAGCAGGGAGUGGCAGUGGUAUCAGCAAAUUGCACCUCUGGAGGCUCUUUUCCUUGGACAUGCUGAAUAAGUACUUGAAGCAAGACCCGACUCCCAGUGAGCUCAUCUACAGAGUUCCCACUAGGCACAGCCCAUGCUUGAGCCCUCCAGUGUACACCCCUCUCCUGCUGGAUUUCAACUUUGGGGCUGCUCCAAUAGGCUCAGAGCCUACCCUCGUGAUGCUCCUGCUGGAGAACAAGGGUGUGGUGCCUGUGGAGUGGGCCUUCUUGUUUCCUUCUGAUCAGAAGAUGGACAUGGAGCACUGGGCAGAGGAUGCUGAGUUUAGCUCCCGUGAGCUGCAUGAGAUGAGAAUUCAGGAUAACCAGCUCUUCAGUGUUUCCCCAAAGUCAGGGAAACUACUUCCAGGACAGGAAGAAUCUAUCCAGCUCUCACACAGACAUUAUUUCACUGGCAUUGAUCGCCUCCCUGUCCUGCUGAAGGUUUCCUAUGGCCAUGAGAUUCUGCUGAACUUCAGCGGUGUGACAGUGGAAGAGGGCCAGCAGUACAUUCAUUUCACAUCCUCAAAGCACCUCUUCACACCCAUUGCCAUUGGGACCUCCAACCCCCCCACACAGAUUUAUGAACUCUACAAUGGUGGCUCCGUGCCAGUGAUAUUUGAGGUUCAGUUGGAUGAGGUUAUGAAGAUCCAGAAGGAGAAUUUUCAGCAUCCUGUGUUUGUCUGCCUAACUCCUAGAGGUGAAAUCCCCCCUGGUAUAACAGGCCACAUUGAAUGGAUCUUCUCACCACUGGAAGCUAGAACAUAUGCGGUUGAUGUUCCCAUCCACAUCCUGGGAGGUGAAUCAGCUGUGAUCACUUUCAAGGGAGAAGGCUAUGAUCCAAACACUAUAGAAGAGACUGCUUCAUCCAGUAAAGUUUUGCCUCCUCCAGUCUUUUCAGGUUCUACCAAGCUAACUGUGCCUGGGCAGGCAGCCACCUUGUCCCACAGAAGGAUUUGUUUUGGAAAUAUCCCAGACUGUGCUAAAACUAGUCAACUUGUCUUUCUCAACAAUAUCUCAGAAAACAAGACUGUUGUGUUUGCCUGGCAGAUAAGCACCUACAAAGACAAGAGGGUGUUACAGAUUGCUCCAGAAGUAGGGGUUGUGCAGCCUGGAGAAAGCAUCCCCUGCUUCAUCACACUGCAACCUUCAGGGACUGCUUCCUUCUGCAGCACAGAUCUGGUGUGUGAGCUGUACAUCCAGGAGUCCCUGGUUCAGUAUGAGAGGGAGCUGCGGGAGUGGGAGAAGGAGAAGGCAAGGCAGGCUGUGGAAUUCACCAUCACAGAGAAGGACCUGGGGAAGAAAAAGUCACCUGCAGGGAGGUCAUCAGAUUCUGCUGCAAUAGAAAUUCUUCCUGAAUCCUCAGCUGUGAUGAGGAGAUACAAGACAUUACCCCCUAUUAAAAACCACCCUACACCAAAUCAGCCAGCUGGACACAUUGACAGGAGGUGGCUGUUGGACAAAGAAUCCAGCCGGGUGUGGGUCAAACCAGAGCCUCCCAAGCCCAUCCUCUUACACCUUGGUGUGACAGCCACAGCCUACUCUAUUGAGGACUUCUUCAACAAAUUCACAUCUGAACUUCACAAGUACUUCUUGUCCUGGCCCUUCAACUACCAGCCCUUGGAAACCAAAUUUGUGGAUGGGAGAAGGGACAAAGACAGAAUGGAAAUGGAACCCAAAAGGUUGUCCCUGGCUGCUGCUUCCAAACAGGAAUUGCAGAUAGUGACUGACAUACUCGCAGGUGUCAUCAGAGGCCUCUUGGAGAACACCCAGCUCCAUGAUGCAAUAAGAAGCACCCUGGAUGAGCCCAUUCCAUAUUUCUCCCAGUUUCGGUGUGCAGAAUCAGCAGAACUCCAGGAGAGGAGACAGUGCUCCAGAGUCCCCUCUGGGGUCUCUGCAUCACCAGAUCUUCACCCUGAGAAAGAUGGAGAGAGGAAACAAAUGAGGCAGGAAACCUCUCCCAGUAAUGAUUGGCUGGAGAUUUCCCACCAUGAGCAGUUGAGGGAGGAGAUAAUAAGCAGGCAGCCAGCCUUUAGGAGCCUGGUGGAGCUGGUGCUGGAAAACACCCUGCAUAAUAUCCUGAUUGAAGCCAGCCGUGGGGAAGUGGUGCUGACAGCCCAGCCCAGGGUCAUUGCUCUACCCUGCAGCCCUUCCCAAAGCCUGUCCCUGUGAUGUCCAGUGCAAUUCCAGUCCUCCCACCCCAUGACGGGACCUCAGCAUGCUGUCUGCCUCUGAGGGCCUAUGUCCUGCUUAUGGCCUCAUUUCCAAUUUGAAUCCCCUGGCAACUCCACAGCAGAGUUAAUGAGAUCUUGGCUGUCUAUAUGUAGCUGGUCACAUCAUCAGAAUAGAACCUCCUUCUGCUACAGGGAGCACAUGGACAACCUCUGUGAUGUUCCCACUGCCCCCAUUCUGUAUAAACUGGGAGAGGAAUCUUCAAAAUGUGGCAGAGGAU